AGCGCUGCAUGCGCUCAGACGGCGCUGACAGACGCCCAGGAAGACACAUCUACCCGCCACACCACUCCACCUUUCCUUUAUUUAUUAUAGUCAUUUUUUUAAUUCUGGGUGAGGGGUGAUCCUCAUCUCCUCCUCUUCCUCCUCCUCCUCCUCCUCUUCCUCCAGCCCCCCCUCCAGCAAUGGCGAGAGAAAACGGCGAGUCCAGUGAUGGAUCUUGGAAAAAGGUCGUCGACGACAUCAAGAAGAUAUUUGACUUCAAGGAAGUCCUCGGCACUGGUGCGUUUUCUGAGGUGGUGAUGGCUCGGGAGAGGACCACGGGAAAGAUGGUCGCAAUCAAGUGCAUACCCAAAAAAGCUCUCAAGGGAAAGGAAACCAGCAUCGAAAAUGAAAUCGCCGUCCUGAGGAAGAUAAAGCACGAGAACAUCGUGGCUCUGGAGGAUAUUUACGAGAGCUCCAAUCACCUGUACCUGAUAAUGCAGCUGGUGUCUGGAGGCGAACUGUUUGAUCGCAUCGUGGAAAAGGGCUUCUACACAGAGAUGGAUGCCAGUCGGCUCAUUCGGCAGGUUUUGGAUGCGGUCAACUACCUUCACUCCAUGGGGAUCGUACACAGAGACCUGAAGCCCGAGAACCUGCUGUACUUCAGUCCUCACGACGAGUCAAAGAUCAUGAUCAGUGAUUUCGGCCUGUCGAAGAUGGAGGGGACGGGUGGCGUGAUGGCCACGGCCUGUGGGACUCCUGGAUACGUGGCCCCGGAGGUUCUGGCACAGAAGCCCUACAGUAAAGCAGUAGACUGCUGGUCCAUUGGGGUCAUUGCUUAUAUCCUGCUCUGCGGUUACCCUCCUUUCUACGACGAGAAUGAUUCAAAGCUCUUCGAGCAGAUUCUCAAGGCAGACUACGAGUUUGACGCGCCGUAUUGGGAUGACAUAUCAGACUCUGCCAAAGACUUCAUUAACAGCCUAAUGGAGAAGGACCCUGAGAAGAGAUUCACAUGUGAUCAGGCUCUUGAACACCCCUGGAUUGCCGGCGACACCGCUCUCUGCAAGAACAUUCAUGAGUCAGUCAGUCGACAGAUGAGGAAAAAUUUUGCCAAAAGCAAGUGGAGGCAAGCGUUCAAUGCCACGGCUGUGAUCCGCCACAUGAGACGCCUGCAGCUGGGCACCAGCUUCGGCAGCAGCAUUAGCAGCGCCAACUCCGUGUCGAGCUCGCAGGGCCGAGCUCCGGCCAAGAGCCAGUCUGUGGACUGCGCCCCGCUUUCCCUGAAGGAGUGUCCCCCCAUCGCUCCUCUGCCCUCUGCUGUGAAAGUAUACAAUCAGGACUCCGAUGCUCCGGCGCCGCGGGAAGAUGCGGCGGCGGCGGCGGCCGAGGCCCCGCGCCCACGACCCUCCACCGUCACCGUCAUCCACACGGGGACUAAAUGACGCCAAGUCCCGCGGGAAGUGAGCUGGGAAACCACAGAGCUUUGAGACGAGGGGGUGAGAACAAAACACGCCCUUCCCAGGCUUCGUGAUUCAACGUCGUUGCCCAGUUUGCCCGUCCCGCAGACCCGCCCCCCCCACCACUCCCAAAUCUCUACAUUUGUUUCUGCCAAUCACAGUUGGGGGGAGGGAUGAUAUUAAAGGAGUGCUGGCUCAGAUCCAUUUAGUCCAGCUCAGCAUGGCACCCCCUGCUUAACUUCCCCAUCGGCAUAUAGACCUGGAAGUACAGAGGGGGGCGGGGGAGAGACUCACCUGAAGUCGUAAUUGUGGAGAUGGCCGCGGUCCGGCAGUCGGACGAGCGGCUGCUGCCGAAGCAGCUGUCACACUAAAGGAAACUCUUUACCAAAGCUGCUGUCAGUUUUGACUGUGACGGGACGAUCCGCUGUAUGCCUUCUGUAAAUAUCCUGCCUGGAAGUGUCGUGUGGAGUCGUGUUAUGCAAAGUGAAAUAUACGCUUCGAGCUGUGGUAAAUAAUUGUGACAUCACCUGCACUAUGAAACGCUUGUUUUCCUUCGGACAGCUGUGGUUUAUUUGCCGUGGUGUUUUGCUGCAGCGGCUGACAGCCUCGUGACAUCCAGCAGUAUGACGGUCGGUGUUGUAUCUUUGCUUUUUAAACCCAAGCUGAGGCCGGUGAUUCCAGACGGGCCUGUGCAUUGGGAUAUUUAUUUUCUUACAGUAUAUCACGACUCUUUGAACUCAUUAUUAUGAUGUGACUGUGAGGUCGUCCUCGGCCACAGGAGGGCGCCGUGGGUUGUUGCUUUAUGACCAGUUCUCAGGGAUCUGCAGGGCCGUGAACAUGAAGCCCUUCAUACACGGCUGUUUCAUCCAAAUUGUUGAAAAGUCAAAACUGAUAACUUCAUAUUAUCCCAAUGUGCCGCCGGGGCAAAAGCUUUUCUUCUUUUUUUGUGAUUAUUAACACUGUUUUUCCCUUUAAAAACCUUGAAUUUUGAUGUAUAAAGUGUUGGCCGGUGACGUGGGCGUUCAUGUCCGUGUCACGGUACAAACGACAGCUGAAUGCAAAUGUUUUCCUGGUUAAAAUUGGUCCCAGUGUCGAGCUGGAUCAGUCGUGUACAGUUGAGUAGUUGAAAUAUUGUGCUCUGCCUCCGCUCGUGGACUUGGCUGCUCUGAGAGCGGCUCGGCCGCUCUGUGUUUAAUCACUGUGCUUUCAUACCAGCCUGUUGAAUUUAGCAGAAAGACUCUUUGUCCUCCUCUCUCCCACUCGUUCUCUAGAGACUCUCACAGAGAAGAGAAGGGGAUCUGUCUUUGUAUUUUCUCUGUGGUUCUUCUAUUUAAUUUCACUCGCUCAACAUGAAUGUGGAAUGAAAUGUAAAGAAAUGCUCCACCAGAGAAGGCCGAUAUCUACAGCUCUGCCUUUUUAAAUCGUCUGGAAAUGUGAUGAAUAUGGAGCAUAUACUCGCUGUAAAUACAAAAUUACAACAUUU